UCAGUCUACGUGCAGUCAUACAUGAGCAAACCCUGCCGAAGAAGGAGGAACUCUGAGGAUCCAUUCAAAACACGGACAGACUGCAGCCGGCGGAGGUGAUGCUGCUCCUCAGAAGCUUGUGUCCGGCCUUCCUCCUGCUCCUCCUCGCCAUCCUCCUCCUCUCCGGCCCGGCGGAGGCUCAGUAUGAGAAGUACAGCUUCAGAAGUUUCCCCCAGAAGGACAUCAUGCCGCUGGACUCGGCGUACAGUUACGCGCUGGAUCAGUACGCGGCGCAGAACUGGGCGGAGAGCGUCAAGUUCCUGGAGCUCAGCCUGCGGCUCCACCGGCUGCUGCGGGACAGCGAGGCGUUCUGCAGCCGCAACUGCAGCUCCGUGAGCCGCGACAACGACACCGUGUUCCCGGACAUCACCCUGCGCGUCGUGCGCCACAUCCUGCUGAGGGCUGCGUGUCUCAAGAAGUGCAAGGCGGACUUUCCAGUGUUCAACCUCAAGUAUCCGCGCAGGGAUUUACUGGAAACAUUCGAGAAACGGAUUCCGUAUCGGUACAUCCAGUAUGCGUAUUACCAGCUUAACAAUGUGGAGAAAGCAAUAGCAGCAGCUCACACCUUCCUGAAGAAGAACCCCAAUGAUCCCUAUUUAUCCAAGAACAUGAACUACUACAAGACGGUGUUCGACGUGGAGGAAUAUCUGAUCGACCACGAGGAGCAGCCGUAUGAGAGUGUUUUCCUAAAGAGUGUGACCCUCUACAACAAUGGAGACUUCAGCAGCAGCGCCAGGAACAUGGAGCAGGCCAUAACGCAGUACUUUGAACUAUACAGCCUCUGCUUGGCCGGCUGCGAAGGUUCCUACGAGAUCUUAGAGUACAAAGACUUCUAUCCAACCCUGGCAGAUCUCUACACCAAUGUGCUGAAAUGUAAAGUGAAAUGUGAGGACAACCUGACACCCAGCGUCGGAGGCUUCUUCGUGGAAAAGUUUGUAGCCACAAUGUAUCACUACCUCCAGUUUUCCUAUUAUAAAUUAAACGACGUAAAGAUGGCUGCUCCGUGCGCAGCCAGUUACAUGCUGUUCGACCCCAAAGACCAGGUGAUGAACCAAAACGUGGCGUAUUAUCGCUUCUACCGGGAGCAGUGGGGCCUCAAGGAAGUGGACUUCCAGCCUCGGCCUGAGGCUCUGAGGUAUUUUAACCAGACGACCAAACAGAAGGAGAUGCUGGAGUUUGCACUGAACUACCUACAAACAGAGGAUGAGGACGUGGUGAGUCCAGAAGAAGCUGCCACCUCUCACUCGGAACAUCCGGACGCAGAGUUCGAAGGAAUGGGCGACUACGAGGAGUCCUUCUUGGCCGAAUGGUGGCAGGAACCCAAAACUAAGUGGGACACCGGAGAGGUUGCAGAAUGACAAAACUUUCCCGACAGUAUUCAAGCAGGACAUUUCAGGAACUUAGCCGUCGUGUUGAUCCAGAUCAGAGAUUGACGUAUUCCGUCUUGGCUGCCAUCAGCCUUUUUGAAACUGUUUUACAAUCCGUCAUCGGCCUCUUAAAGACUUUUCUACAGUGUUUGUGUUCCAUUCUUAUUUAAUAAAAGCUCAAUGAGUUUGUGCUGUGGUAUAAGGAAGGUGAUGUAGCUUUUCUUAUGCCAAACUGGGUGGUUGUUACAAUAAGUUCCUCCUAAUUAAAUAAUAUUUUAAUAUA